GACAAUUAACCUCUUCAAAUAACACCGCUCAAUUUACGGACACGCUAUAGCCUUGCGUACAUGAUGAAGGACAAAUUCGACUUGGCGAAAAAUGAGAAAGAGAAAGUCCCUGUGUAUACAUCUUUCCGAUGGGCUAUUUCCCUGGUAGGAUUUGUUGGGUUUGUCUUUGUCUACGCUUUGAGGAUAGACUUCAGCGUCGCUAUUGUGUGUAUGGUCAAAACCCCAAAUGUCUCAAGCCUCUUCUUAAAUAACGGCUCGAUAGUCGCCAACGUAUCGACGGAAACAGACGAUGGCUGUACGGAUGAGACCGGAAAAGCAGGUGGCACGGAUGACCGCGGGGAAUUCGACUGGGACAAAACUCUCCAGUCUCAGCUGCUUGCCUCCUUCUUUUACGGUUAUGUCAUCACACAGAUCCCCGGGGGCUGGCUAGCCCGGAAGUUCGGAUGCAGGAGGGUUCUCGGCGGGGGGAUGGCCUUGUGCAUUAUCUCCACUCUGUUACUUCCGGUGUGCGCACGCACGCACGUGUACUUGGUGUUCGCUGCACGUGCGAUUGCUGGGCUGGCGACAGGUGUCGCAUUUCCGGCAGCUCACUGCCUUUGGGGAAGAUGGGCUCCUCCGCUAGAACGGAGUAAGCUAAUGGCACUAUGUUACGCAGGCCCACCAAUUGGAAACAUCAUCACUUUAAGUAUAUCCGGCUUAUUGUGCGCUUAUGGGUUCGACAACGGUUGGGGAUCAAUAUUUUAUGUGUACGGGCUUGGUGCUGCUGUUUGGCUCCUCGCUUGGUUUUACGUCGUUCAUGACAGGCCCCGAGAUCAUCCGAGAAUCACAGAGAUUGAACGAGACUUCAUCGAACAAUCCAUCGGAGACCAUGCCGAUAUAAGUGACAAAGACAAAAGGACCCCAUGGCUGGAUAUGGCCAAAUCCCCGGCAUUGUGGGCGUGUAUUACUGCUCAUAUCUGCAACAACUGGACCAAUUACUCUCUACUGACGGCAUUGCCCACCUACAUGAAAGAAGUUCUUAAAUUUGACAUAAAACAGAACGGCCUGUUGUCGGCCAUACCGUACAUCUGUCAGUUCUUGUCCUCCGUCGUGGCGGGUUACUUGGCGGACACCAUACGUCAGCGUAAAUGGCUGUCAACCACGGCAACCAGGAGGACUUUUCAAAUAAUCGCAUUCGUCGGAGCUUCUGCGUCUCUGGUGGCAACCGGAUUCGUUACUUGUGAAAACCGGAUGUUGGCUAUUGUCUUUCUCGCAUUGGCUGUGUCAUUCCUAGGCCUCUCGAGGGGUGGAUACCUUGUGAAUCACGUCGACUUUGGUCCUCGGUUUGCUGGAGAGCUGUUUGGAAUAACUAACACAUGUGCCACGUUACCAGGGAUGAUUGCACCGCUAGUUAAUGGCGCCCUGACCACCAACAAAACCCAAGGGGAGUGGCAAAAAGUGUUUUUCCUCUGCGCCGGCUUUGCUUUCUUUGGUGCCAUCAUAUUUGGUAUUUUCGCCCGUGGCGAGGUACAGCACUGGGCUCGGAUCAGUGCAGAUGAACCGGAACUUGAGGUGACUGCUCGAGAAGAGAAUGGGACGAAAAAGAAUGGCAAAGUUAACGAGGCGUUUUCAGGGGAUUCUGCCAAAACCGACAGCGAAAAACCUUAAAUACUGUUUGGGAAUUAUAAACGUUUGUAACCCAGUAAACAUUUUUCCUCAUAACGUCAGAAAAUAGCCAUCGUAGGCAACAAUGUCUGAGGACUGAGGCAGAUACUAUCUUUGAGGAUCUCAUCACCGAAUCGUUUCUAAAAUAACAGAAUUAAUACUGGUAUAUCCUUGUUUGGUAAACCAACAUGCAGGCUGACAAAGUGUGCCGGUAUGUGUCGAUCUGUCCCAGUAUGCCUACAAAGCAAUUGUGAUGGUGACAAUUUUCCCCAUAUGAAAUAAAUAAUUUAGAGAUGAUCUAAAUAUUUGAGAAUAUUGAUUUAAUACGACAUUUUACUGGAGGGAGCGGAUAGGGGUGAGUCCAUAUAGAUUGAUAGUUUUAAUAUACUAUAAAAUCGGAAAACAAUAUGUGUGUUUUCACUAUCAUAAUGAAUACCAUAUGUGUUUGUUUUAUGUUUCAUUUCUUGGUAUUUGGUAUAAGGCUCAUGAUCACAAUUCUAUAUGCAGAUGUUCAUAUGUU